AUGGAAAUAUUAACUUCAAGUAGUUCAGAGUGGGAAGAGGAAUUAAAAACUGCAGCUGUUUUUGCAGUUUUGGACGAAGAAAAUAAAAAAUCCACCCGAUCGUGCUGGGUUCAAGAUAUUAAUAAAAAAAUUUCAAAAUUGGGAGAAUUCCAUCGUCUAGUUCAAGAACUACCAAACGAUCCAAGACGAUUUCACAUGUAUUUCCGAAUGAUGAAAGAAGAAUUUGAUUAUGUACACGACCUUAUUAAAAAAGACAUACAAAAAAAAAGCACACAAUUUUGA